CUUAUUUAAAUGCUACGGUCCACCCCCGCCCGCAAACUAAAUUAGUGUUGAUGCUAGACCGCUUCGUUGUCCGCACUCUGCCGAUCCAAAUUAACCUGACACCUGGUACGGACCAGUCGACCCUGAUAAUGGCCGAGGAGCAACAGAAUCCGGAGACGGCCCCGCUCGUUGCCGACGAUAAUGUCGUCGACGAGACAGAUGAUGAUGGCGACUCGGCCCUCGGACUGGUGAGUCUAGCCUCUCGUCGGGGGUUACCGCUGUCUGAUGACUAGGGUCACAAAGGGUGCUGGAAGCGACCUCACGUCUUUGAAAUCUAGCAUCUUGAGGUAUCGUCAGGAAAACGGCAGGACAUACCACGCAUACAAGGAUGGCGCAUAUGUCCUCCCAAAUGACGAGGUAGAGAACGAGCGACUAGAUCUUCAACAUCACUUAUUCCUUCUUACUUUUGACGAGAAACUGCACGCUGCCCCCUUGACCAAGCCGCUCCGCCGCGCGUUUGACGCCGGAUGUGGCACAGGGAUAUGGGCUAUUGAGUUUGCGGACGAGCAUCCCGAAUGCGAAGUUAUUGGCGUUGAUCUGAGCCCUAUCCAACCAAAUGCUAUCCCCCCAAACGUUGCUUUUUACGUCGACGAUCUAGAGGAGCCCUGGGACUACUCAACCAAGUUUGAUUUCGUCUUUGCGCGCUUUUUAACCGGAUCGAUUCGUGACUGGCCCAAGUUCUUCAGGCAAAGCUUUGAGUCCCUUAACCUGGGGGGUACCAUUGAACUGAUCGACAUUGUCUAUCCCAUUCAGUCUGAUGACGACACCCUCUCUGAAGACUCGCCGCUAUAUAAGUGGUCAAAGUUGCUGCUGAGUGCCUUUACUUCCAUUGGCUCUCCACUCGACAGCGCCUUGAAAUACAAGGAACAGCUUGAGGAGGCUGGCUUUGUCGACGUCACCGUAGUGAAGCGCAAGUGGCCGCUGAACAAAUGGCCCAAGGACCCGAAACACAAGCAAAUCGGAAUAUGGGCUCAUGAAAAUACCAUGGACGCCUUGGCGGCGUUGAGCCUGGCUGUGUUUACGCGCGAGAUAGGUCAAGGUGGCCUCGGCUGGAGCAACGAAGAAUUGGAGGUGUUCCUUACUGGCGUCCGUAAAGAUUUGAAGAAUAUGGCCAUCCACUCAUACUGGCCAAUUUGGUCGGUAUACGCUACGAAACCCGAGUGAUAGUAGACUCGACCAUAAAUGGUUCUUGAGCAAGGGAGCGAUGCAAAAGGUGACAUUCAGGGUGCGCUUUCUUCAUUGUGAUAGCCGGGAGGCUGGCGUCAUCUCUUGACGGAGCCACUGAGAGAGUGUGAUGGAUUAAAUAGUUGAGGUUCAAGCCGGAUAAGUUUGAUUGGUGGCUGUAAUGAUUGAUGACUGUAUUUCACAUUUGAUUGUAUCUUAACAAACGAGAUUGUAUUGUGGGAGACCGUAUUUAUUCCAUUGCAAACCCCAAACCGACGGUGUUGUCAGGACUGCAUCGC